AUGAGCACACCAGUUGCGAUAUCAAACAAACCGUGCCUUUGUGGAUGCGAGUCAUCCUCAUGUGGAGGAGGCCACAUGACCAGUCAAUUGAAUAAUAGCAGUCGCAAAAGGAAACUCCAAGGGGCUUCUUAUUUUGAUGAUGUUCUGAUGGAAGGCAUGAAGAAUCUCUCUUUCGAUCAGAUUCAGCGUGAGCAAGAAUUGCUUCAUGGAGUUGCGGAUGACGUUGACCUGGAUGACAAUACGAUUGACGACCUGCUCCUUGAGCUGGAGUCGCAUCUUCACCGUAUGAAGAAAGGAACCGCGUACGAAUUAGCGGAGAGGCAAGACCCGUCGUAUGUUUCCAAUCGGGAAUUUCAGUUGGCUUUCUUACGAUCAAGUCAUUUUGAACCAAAAGCAUCAGCUGCGAAACUGAUUACCUUUUUCAAAUACAAACAAGACCUCUUUGGUGAAGACAGCUUGGUUUGGGACAUCACUGUGCAAGAUUUGAACCAAGAUGAUUUGAGCUGCUUAUUGGAUGGCAAUAUUCAGUUCUCGCCGUUUCGUGAUCGAUCAGGACAAGUGAUCUUUUCGGAGUUCCUCGGCCUUCGAACGAAGACAACUAUCCGGUCAGUGUUGCGAGCCAGAUUCUACAUGUUAGCGAACAGUGUCGAAACAAUGAUAGACAUUAGCAAAGGAAGCGUCCUCGUGGGCUAUCUUGUUGAACAGUAUCACGAUCAUUUAAACGGUUGGGGUAUGCUGGAAGGAGGAAAGUUGUUUAUGGAAGCUGUCCCUUUCAGACUUGACGGCCUUCAUCUAUGUCACAGCAAUCCAAUAUAA